AGGGGCCUGAGGAAGGUGGUGGCCCUCGGGAAGAGGAACCGCUUGCGUUUUUGCGGCCUGGGAACCCUGCUGGCAAGUGCGAGGAGCCAGGACCACAGAUGGGGCCUGAAGGGCGAGGGGCUCCGCUUAACCUGGAGAAGGGUCGGCGAGAUCCGGAAGGGGACACCUGGGUCCGGGAGAGGGUCUAGGAGAGGCCGAGGCUCCCCGGACAGUGGAAGAGUGUCCGAGCGGAAAGAAGGCUGGAGGACGGCGGGAAGGGCGACCCCGGAGAUCUGAUGGGGUGGAGGUCGGCGGGCUGUCAAGCAUAGAGCUGUCAGGACUCGGCAGGCUCGUAGCCAGGGAGACCAGACUCAGGCUUGGGAGGGGGAAGGAUCCGAAAAGGAUUUCUGGUAGGUCCUAUUUUAGGACGAGAUGCAAUAUUGUUGAAACGCCAAUCUGCUUUGGUUCAGGCAGUUGGCUUUUCAGCUGAGAAGCCAUUUCUUCUUCCUCUUUUUAACAUUUUUUUGCUGACUCACUGAACUUAUGAAACCAUGGCGGAAGGAGAGACACAGUCACCCGGGCCCAAAAAGUGUGGUCCCUAUAUCUCAUCUGUCACUAGCCGAAGUGUGAACUUGAUGAUUCGAGGAGUAGUGCUGUUUUUUAUUGGAGUAUUUCUUGCAUUAGUGUUAAAUUUACUUCAGAUUCAAAGAAAUGUGACGCUUUUUCCACCUGAUGUGAUUGCAAGCAUCUUUUCUUCAGCAUGGUGGGUACCGCCGUGCUGUGGCACAGCUUCAGCCGUGAUUGGGUUAUUAUACCCCUGCAUUGACAGGCAUCUAGGAGAACCACAUAAAUUUAAAAGAGAGUGGUCCAGUGUAAUGCGGUGUGUAGCCGUCUUUGUUGGUAUAAAUCAUGCCAGCGCUAAAGUGGAUUUUGAUAACAACAUACAGUUGUCUCUCACACUGGCUGCACUAUCCAUUGGACUGUGGUGGACUUUUGAUAGAUCUAGAAGUGGUUUUGGCCUCGGAAUAGGAAUUGCUUUCUUGGCAACUUUGGUCACUCAACUGCUAGUCUAUAACGGUGUUUAUCAAUAUACAUCUCCAGAUUUUCUCUAUGUUCGCUCUUGGUUACCGUGUAUAUUUUUUGCCGGAGGCAUAACAAUGGGAAACAUCGGUCGACAGCUGGCAAUGUAUGAAUGUAAAGUUAUCGCAGAAAAAUCUCAUCAAGAAUGAAGAAGGCAAAAACAUACCUUUUGUACAGAAAAACAAGAUGAAAAGGGCGUGUAAAUGAUAGCUAUACCAACAAAACUUCGGACUAUAAAAUUGCCAGGCUGCAGUUUUCCCCUUAAUUGGUGUGUGUAUAUAUAUAUAUACACACAUAUACAUAUAUAUACACACAUACAUAUGUUACUGCAAUCUGUGAUUGCUUCAUCUGUAAAUCAAGUACAAACCUUUAUGUAUUUGACUUAAAUAACUGUAAAAUGUAUAUGCACUACAUUAAAAAACAUGUUGAUUAAUAGAUGAAAUUUUUAAAUUAAUUUUUUAGACAUACCAUAUACUGUAUCACAAUGUUGACGUGCCAAAAUAUUCAGUUAUCGCCACGCAGAGUAUAAGGAUGCUUUGAACAAUUUAUAAACUUACUGAAAUAAAAUAUGAGGAAAGCCAAAAAAAAAAAAAAAAAAGCAAAUGGAAAGCGGUGUAUUCUCUUUUGCUUACUGUUGUGCCUUUUUAUUUUUCUAAUAUAUAGCAGUACGAGUUAUGGGUGCCCUAAUGUGUGGUUAGUUUCUAUUUUAAUGUUGUCUCGGAGAGCUUUGGGUGUUUUAAUAUAUGAUGAAAAAGAACUUCCAGGGAACAUUUUCAUACCUUCAUUACUGGAGAGAGUCCAAAGAGUAAUUUUUUGUUUUAACAAAUUUUACUGGAGGUGAAACUCCCAACAGGAGAGUUUAUCAGCAUUAAAUUGUAUUGAGUCUAAAUCUUUAAGGAUACAUAUAAUUAAAAGUAAGGACCAUUGAAAAAUUUAACUAGAGUAAAUAUGUUUUACAAAUACAAAAUGACCUUCUGGAGCGCCACAAAGUGUUAAGCGAUACUAACUGUCAUUUGCAGUACAGUAUUCCACUGCUUUUGCACAUGGAACGCAUAAGAAUUCCCGAACAGGGCAAAAUGAAGUUUCUAACUGUCUUGGGUUCUAUAAUCUGUUGGGUUCUGUAAAGCGAACCGUUUGAGCUGGGCUGCUUCAUAUGAUUGAUUGUCACUGGAUUGCAUCCGAGGAGUGGAUGGGCACAUAAUUUCUUAUGUAUCCAUGUGCCCAUUAGUGAACAGUUCAAGAAUGUAUCGUUUAAGAAUGUAUUGGGAUGGCAUAUUGUGCAUGUUAAAGAUCCUGGUAACAGUUUUGUGCAUAUUUUUCCAACAACUAGAGCCUUUUGAGUGUGAUUUAAACAUAGUCUCAGUUAACCUUUUCCCCCAGUUUUUAUUUUUGAAAUUGAUGGCAGUUGUCUGAUACACAAGGGUGAAAUCUACUUACUCUGGAGGGUUUGUGUGUGUGUGUUUGUGUGUGUGUGUGUGUGUGUGUGUAGGAUUGAGUGAGGGAGAGAGUGUGUGUGUGUGUGUGUGUAGGAUUGAGUGAGGGAGAGUGUGUGUGUGUGUGUGUGUGUAGGAUUGAGUGAGGGUGUGUGUGUGUGCGUGUGUGUGCAUGUGCUCAUGCUCUCUUAAUAUGUCAACUAGAUAUUUUUCCAUUUUUGAUUUUAAAACCAUUUCUGUUAGACUGAGAUCUUGUAUGCCAAACUUUAAUCUGCUCUUAUGUUUUAAGGCUGAAAGUGUGAAAAUCCUAAGAGGAUUUCCUAUUGAAUAUAUAUGUACACAAUCUUAACUAUAGUGGUGGUAAACAUACUACUGUAAUUUAUUAUUCUAUCUUCCAGAUAAUGUUAUUCAUUUAGAACAAAUAAGAUAUAUUUUUAGAAUCAACUUUGUAAGCACUAUAAGUCUUUAAUAAGUUAUAAGGUCUAUGAUGUGUUUACUUUGAAAUUUGCUGUUUAAAGCAAGAUGUAUUAAAUAUAUAAUUAUCAUCUUGGUUAAGAGUCUUUUUUCCUUCCUUGUGGUUAAUCUUAGAAUUAUGUUACUGAGGAUUAAUUUAUUAAAAUUAACAUAGGUGGUUGAAUUUAUUCAGAAAUAAUGCAGGAAACUAAGUUUAGUGUUACAGGAAUUGAAUGAUUAUCACUUUGAGUUCUUAAAUUAUUUGCAUAUCACCUAGAAAACAAGAAGAGAUAUUUAUGACAAAAAUAAAAUUGUUUUGAUAUUUUGAUAAGUGUAUAAAUAUAUUACUUUUUUUUUUUGCAGUGAAAGUGGUAAACAUCUUUUAAUACUGCUAUUUGGCAGUGCUUUCUGGCUUUUAUUAUUUAAAGUUUUAAAAAUUGAAUAGUUGAAAACUGAAACUUAAAUUCUAUGAAAGCACAGGCAAAUAAUUAAAAUUAGCUAGCAAGAACCCUGGUAAUACUUUUGUUAUAAUCUUCAUUUGUUUGCACUGAACUGUUUUACCUUCAUUAAGGUCUUUGGAACCUCUCAGUGGGGCCUCUGCUUCACACAUGUUUUCUAAGUGGAAUCCAGACUUGGUCAAUAUCAUUAAAUACUUCUCUAAUCUUUCGGCUCACUUACCUGCAUAAUGACAUAUAUUCUUCGUAAGGUAAUUCUUCCAGUGAUGGUCUGUGAACAGUAGAGUCUUAGCUUUGUGUGUCUGAAAAAGUCUGUUUCAUUCUUGAAGAACAAUUUAGCAGGCCAUAGAAUUCUAGGUUCACAAUUUCCCCCCUAAUCCCACCACUUUGAAGAUUUUUUUAACUUGUUGUCUUCUGUCAUCUAAUGUUGCAGACAACAAGUCUGCUAUUAGUGUAAUUUUCUUUCCUUUGUAGAUAAUCUGUCUUUUCUCUCCAGGAGCUUUUUCAUGAUUUUCCCUUUAUCUUCGAGGUUAGUUUCACUUUUACUUGUUUAGUUUUAAAAUUUGUUUUUAUUUUUCUUGCUUAGUAUUCAAUAUGCACUUUCAGUCUGUGGGCUCACGUCUGGAAAAUUUUAAAAUCUGGCUGCAUAUUGGAGUCCUGUGGAGUCUUGUAAAAAUAUGCUGAUGCCUGUAUCCCACUCCCAGAGACUCUAAUAUCAUUGACCUGAGAUGUGCUCUGAGCAUUAGGAGUUUCAUAAGUUCCCCAGGUGAUUCUAAUGUGCAGCCCAGGUUGACUCUCACAGGUAUAGAUACAUGUAAUAUAAGGUGGAGGGUCCAGGUGAGAGAGAUGUCAUGACUUUGGAAAUGAAGAGUGAGGGACACACUGAGAUACAUUUUGGAUUAAAUUAUCUGAACUUGGUGACUUGGGUAUAAAGGUCAAGGAAGAGGAAAUGUGAAAGGUGACUUAAUUUUUCUUUCUUGGAAAACUAAGUGGAUGGUAUUUCUGUCAACCAAAAAAGGAAAGCAGAGAAGUAGGUGAAUAGAAGUUUGAUUUGAUAUGUUGAGGCUGAGGUAUGUAGGAGGCCUCUGGUAAAGAUGGCUAUAAGCAGUGGGAUAUUUGAACCUGGGUUAUUGGGUGUAAUGAGGGAGUCAUCAGCAUAUGACACUAAUAAAUGCAGCUGUGGGGGUGGAUGAGGUCACCUAGGGAGCAUGUUAUAGUGAAAAGGAAGAGAUCUGAGGCACACUGGCCUGUUGGCAGAGAAGCUGGUGAAGGAGAUAAAGGGGGUACAUUCAGAAGUAGGAGGAAAAACAAGAGAGUGAUGUGGAAGCCAAAAUAGGAGGGGGUUUCAGGCAGAGGGUAACGGGUAGGAUGAAGUACAGUUGGAGGGAAUAACUGACUUUAGAAGUACAGGUGAUGAUAUCUGACUGUUUUAUGUUGAAAAAAUGUUUUUUCUAACCUAUUUUAUCUUACCAUUUAAAGUAUAUCAUUGCAUACAAAACAUGUUUGAGAAAAGCCUGAUCAUGUAUUGUCAUUUAUUACUAGUAAGGGGAGCUGGGGACAGCUAGAGAACUUUGAAAGAAUAGUGGAGAUUUGGGCCGUAUCUUUGAAGAACGGGCCCAGGAACUGACUAGAGGCGAAGAAAGAAUUUUCAGAGAGUUUUGAGACCAUCCAGGACCCAGGUGAGGCUGGAGAUCACAUGUUUGCAGUGGAGUCAGUUAACAUGGUGGUGCAGUGUUUAAAUGGGCUCAGUAGCCCAGGGGCUAGGCCACUCGUGAUGGAGUAGAUUGAGUCUAGUGGGGAGUUCAUCGGCAGACGUGGCACAAGCCUUUGUGGAAGAUUAAAGCAGGCUCCUAAUGCAAGGUCAAGAGAUUUAUCGUGGGAUCCAGGCAAAUUGGGGAAGGAAGUUGAAUCAGCAGUGCUAACCUGACUGCAUGGGAGAACAGUGUGAGGUGAAAGGUCAGCAAGUCUAAGGAGGCCAAAACCCUGUUUGAUGGGAAGGGUGAUCGGCUUGGGGUUUGUAGUCAGGGAGGGAUUUAAUGGCUCACUUCCAGAUCUCGAGGUCCAGGGUGUGAUCUGAACACCUGUGUUUCCAUGGUUUACAGAAGUGGCUGGAGAUCUGAGGCCUGGGUGACCAGCUGUUAGUACCAGUAUGGACGGUACUAGAAUGGUCGCAGAGGCUGGGUGGAAAGGAAGGUCUCCUCUGUGGGCUCAUGACCAUUAGAGUGAAACACUUAUCCAGAUGCCUUGAUUGUACUGGAAUUCUAAUCGGAGUCCCCUCCCCCCUUGUAUGUAAUUAUGUUGAGUUGUUUCCUCGUCCUCGGUGCUCUGAAACUUCACACGAUGUUUAGGAGUAUGUCUUCUACUAGUCCUGUUCAAUCAGAGACAUCAUCUCUUUAAUCCUGGGCAAUUUUUUUUCUGUCUUUGCUGUUAUUAUUCCUUUGUUCACCUUCUCUGUUCUAAAAUUCCUCUAUUUGGGAGAUCUUGGACCUUUUGUUCCUGUUUUCUAUAUAUCCCUUAGCUUUUCUCUGUUGUGCUACAUUCUAGAAGAACUACUUAACUGGAUCUUCCAGCUCUUCAGCUGUACCCAUUCAGCAUUCAGCCCAUCAGCUGAACUUUUAAUUUCAGUGAUGACAAUUUUAAUUUCCAGGAUCUCUAUUUGUGUGUGUGUGUAUGUGUGGCAGUGUGUGGUCAUUCUUGUAUUUUCUGAGGAUACUAAUUAAUCUUCUAAAGUUCUAAACUCUUCUAAAGAUCCGUGGCAGGGGAGGUCAGGAUGAACCUGUGCCAGUCUGUCUCUGGGUGUGAGCGCCCCUUGGUCUGCCUUGGGCACACUCCCAGGCCCCUCUGAACUUAGUGUUCACACCGCUUGCAUCUGGGGGCAGAUACUGUGCUGUCUGUCUCUGCCCGGUCCAAGGCAGCGAGUAGAAGUAUGGAGGGGUUGACCAGACGGCUGCUUCUGCAGGAGCCUGCUCUAACCCAUGACGUCUGUUGCCCUUGGUAUUUCUGGCUCCAGGCAUUAGCCACCUAUGAGCUUUGAAUGUCCCUAGUUUUCAUUUUUAGCAAAUCCUUUCCUUGAGUGAGCUGUGGUUUCUUUCCACUAUCUUCUCUCAAUUGUUCUCUUGCUUUCAGGGAUUCCUUGUAGUGGCUGGUCCAUGGAGGAUACUUCUCCUUAUCUGGCAGUAUACUUACAGAUUCCUUUACCUUUUAAAAAUCUUUUGUUGUUGUUUCUAUGGAUUUGGGAUAGGAGGGAAGAGCUACAGCUUGACUAGUCUGCCGCCCUGAUUCAAUCUUCCCCACCAUUUUUUAUACUGUAAAAUCUUGCCAUUGGCCUGAUCAUUUGUCUUUACAUUUCAAAAAUUCAAUUUAGUUGGGAGCUGAGAUAAAUAGGUUUAAGUCAGUGGUUUCCUACUUGGUCUCAAUAAAAAUUGGGGUAUGGAGAUUUUUUUUUUUUGCCUUCGAAAUACAUUUAGUUCAUUGAGAUCAUUGUGCCAGGAAGUGUAAAUAUCCUAGUAUCUGUUCCUUUAUGCCUUGCUUCUUUUUAUCACUGAUGAAAUCUGUGAAACCUGUCAUCCUUCUUUGCGAUUUACAAGACAGACUUUUGCAGGGUAUGUCAACUGUUCUGAAGACAAUGUUGUUAAGGAUCAGACAGAUAACGAUGCGCAUGUGAGAGACUGGGCUAUUGAUGAGCCUCGUGUGGAAACUGAUUGCCAUAUAUGGGCAAUUUUUCCCUUUCACCGUUGCUCUGGCUGAGGUGUCUAUAAGGAGUUUCAUGAACAAGGGACGGUUUUGAUUCUAAAUCAAAAUUCUGUGCUGGCACAACUGUGUUUUAUUCUGCUUUGUCACGGCAGGAUUUGUAACUGCUAAUAGUUCUGUGGCUUCCCCGAAGGUGGGCUUUAAAAGUAAUGGGCACUUAGGAAACGUAUUUCCAUUUAAAAUAAUUUUUUUUUUUAUUACUGUUCUGAAACUAAUAAAUUCACUCAGUACUACUGUGUUUCCACGAGUUUGUUCAGUUCGCGAGAUUUUGUCUCUCUUAGAAACGUGUUUUGAGUAACUUGUACAGAAUGUGAUCGUGGACCAAUUCAUUGUGAUGUGCAAUUGAGUAGACAAAAGAAAGAAAGAGCCCAACUGCGGGAUCUGUUUGUUUUAGAAGAAAAGUUUCUAAAAUGCAUUCCCUGGGAAUUUCUGCCAUUGCAUGAAAGUCAUUUCUAUUCCCUUUAUAGUCAUCACAUGGUACUCCUAGAUCUGGGAAUGUCUGCUCAACUAAGUUAUGACGGUGACAGUUCUGUUUUGAAACAGUUCCUUCUGCCUUCACAAAAACUUGAAAUUUUGCAGCAGGACAUUACAGGAGGACAGACCGCUGCCCCAUCAUCUUAGGAUCAGCUGGAGGCAGCUGCUGUGCUCGGUCCCCACACACUGGACUUCGGAAGCCUGCACACUGACAAACUGAAGAUGAAGUUUAAAGAUGUUUGUAAAGACAAAUCUCUGUGGAAUUUUCUAUGCCUCAGACCUAGUGUGGGUCAAUAUCAUGCCUGUCCGAGAGAGAAAGCGG